AUGGUGUCUCCGGCGCCGACCACUGCCGCCAACCCUCCCCCUCCUCUGUCCUACGCCGAACGCGCGAAGAAAGCCCAGAAUGCAAAAACUACGUCUUUAGUAACCCACCUCGCUCCUUCGACCUCAGGCACGCGUUCUGCUCCUCCCAUUUCGCGUCCUUCUGCCCUCAAACCUCCCCCGCAUGCUGCUGCUUCUACCCCCAGCUCCCGAAUACCGCCAUCAGCAUCUCCCUCGGCAUAUGCAGAAGCUCCUCGCGUUAAGACACCUCCCUCCCUGGACAGCUUUCCCGAACCGAAGCUGAAUGGUGACUCUCUUCGGACUACCAGUGACUCUUCGCCCUUGGGUCUGCCGCCUACUGCGCCUCCGAAGAACGUCUGGGAGAUGCGCAUGGCGCCUGCUUCUAGUACUCCAGCUCCAGCCCCCGCACCGGCACCGGCCGCCCCACACACUACUCAAGAGGCCGUAUUGCAGCAAUCAAGUAGCUCCACUUUGUUAGAAAAAACAGCGACGCCGUCGCCACCUAUCACCCAUCCUCCCGCCAACGGACAUCUCGCAUCCUCUCCAGACGAUGACGAUCCCCUCAACUGCACGCCUCCCAUCAUCGACGAUGCUCCACCUGUGGCGGAGUCGGGGAAGAACAAGGACCAUGAGGAGGUGGACAGGAGUCACGAGAGAGAGUCGUCGCAGGGGCAAGGGACGAGGAAAGGUAUACGAUGUCAACGGCCUCGGUUGGGGCCGAACAGGAGCUUACGGUCAUCUGGGCACAACUCACCAGCGACGUAUGCUCAACCCCAUCCUCUCCCUCCCCAAGAGUUCAUCCCCUCUCGGCCAUACCUCGCCACCCACCCCCCUGAUGGUGGGGAACCCGAGGGCCUCAUCCAGCUGCCAGACCCCAACAACUUCAUCGUUCAGCCGUCAUACUUCCCUCCUCCUCCUCCCUUCGGUGUGUCGCCUUACCAUUCUCCGCAUCCAUCUGGAUCACCCGCCAAUGCACCGUACACCCUCCCACCCUUGUCAUAUCCCGGCCAGCCAGGAAUGCCGCCCCCUGUGCCAAUGUCUGGGUAUGGCACCCCUCCUUAUCCCAUGUACCCUCCAACAUACGGCUAUUCUUACGGACAACCGUACAUGUACUGGCCCCCUCCGGGGGCUCCUCCGUCGCACCCACACCCCAGUGCAUUCCCUGGCGACGGCUUGCCACCGCCCACGAUGAUCGCACGACCGCCACCCCCAAGUGAGUCCGAUGCCGUCGCCGGGUACCGUGAUAUAUGCGAGGAGCGAGGGCCAAGGACAAGGGAGCUUAGCUUUGGGAGUAUUGGACUGGAGGGAUCAAGCACACCCGCAUCGCAGGGGUUGAGCGUUGUUCCGGAAGGUGCUGCGUUGGGUUUGGAUGUGGGGAGCUCUUCGGCGCAGAACUCGGCAGCACUUCCGGCAGGACCAGCUGAGAAGAACGCGACGAAGGACGAUGAUGACACCAAAUCGUUCACCGUCUUCUCAAUCGGUGUCGCACCAGGCGAGCCAACCCCUUCGAGGAUACGUUCGAGGACAAGGACAUCGUCAAAGGGCCCCGCUGUGUCCAUGGGAAAUCAACCCCAUCCGACUGAAACCUCAACCGAGAGCGUGGUUGCAACCGAGGUGGUGGACAUGACCAAUUCGGACUCGAAGUGGGAGUUUGGGACAACGAAGGACGAGAGUGCGGAAGAUGGUGCGUCUGCCAUUCCGCCACCCAGCGACCCCGCAAAUACAGAAGCUCCCAACACCGGACCGCCUAUCCCCCCGUUGAGUUCCACGUUUAUUCCUGGUGGGCAAGCAUACCCCGGCAUGCCCCCUUACGUGCCCCCGGUAUUCAUUCCUGGCGCCCCGCUCAACGGUCUGCCUCCGCCAGUCCCAUCCCCGUCAGCAUAUGCGCCUCGUCAUCCUCCCCUCAGUGCUGAAGACGAAUGGGCUGUUCGCGACUACGGGUACGGUUUCGGACGCGGUGGAUCCCAACCCUCGUACUCACAACAUCCCCCACCACCCCGCGAGGAUCGAUCGUACAGGCGCGAAUUCCAACCGGGAGACCGUGAUCAACACUUCGGUCGACUGCGACGAGGAUCGUACGGCCAAGGCGGAUACGGUUACGAGCGAGGCGGUGAGCGAGGCUCCUUCGGAGGACGUCGCGGUCGCGGACUGGGUGCAGGCUAUGGUGGUCGUGGGUACUCCGGGCGUGGGUACGGUCGUGGAGGCUACGCUCAACGGCAACAGCAACAGCAGCAACAACAACAAGCAUUUGUACCCCCACCUCAGCCAGACGUCGACGUCAAUGGGUAUUACGCUCCACCCGUUCCGACUUUGGCCACGUACAUCCCGCAGGCCUUCGAAGGGUACCCAUAUGCGCCUUAUCCGCCACCGCCACCGCAGGCGCAGAUGGCGAGCACAGGGCCUAACGGGCAGCCCCUCACUAUGCCCAUGCCUCAGACGAACGUGGGCUUCCCCCUGGAUUCCACGCGGUACUACCUCCUCGGUCAGCUGGAGUACUACCUCAGCGCGCAGAACAUGGCACAGGACUUCUUCCUCCGUCAACAGAUGGACUCACGCGGGUGGAUCCCGAUUGACCUUAUCGCACAAUUCAACCGCGUGCUCACGUUGACCAGAGAGACGCAUAUCGUCGUCGAGGUUCUCUCGCUCUCAUCCCUCGUCGAAGUCCGUGGUAUGCACGUUCGCCCCCACCAAUGGCAGCAGUUCGUGCUUCCAGCUGCUGCGGUGAGCACCAUCGAGGGCGUGGACGGGCAAUCCCUCGAUCCUGCCGAUCCUGCGCCGAUCGGUUAUGGGCACCCCGUUCCAUCGGAGGCCGCAGAACAUCCUCAACCACCCGAGGAAGACGAUGAAGAAGAUGUACAGUUCAUUUUGUCGUCCUAG